CAAAUCAACACUCCACCAAAACAAAAGAAUAAAAAUCUAGAUUCAACAAAUUCUUGUGAAAAAAUGUCUGGGCGAGGAAAGGGAGGAAAGGGACUGGGAAAAGGCGGAGCCAAGAGGCACAGGAAAGUGCUUCGAGACAACAUCCAGGGCAUCACCAAGCCUGCUAUUCGAAGACUUGCCAGAAGAGGCGGUGUCAAGAGGAUUUCAGGUCUCAUUUACGAAGAGACUCGCGGAGUGCUCAAGAUCUUCUUGGAGAAUGUGAUUCGUGAUGCGGUUACUUACACGGAGCAUGCUAGGAGGAAGACGGUCACUGCAAUGGAUGUUGUUUAUGCUCUCAAGAGGCAGGGCAGGACCCUUUAUGGAUUUGGUGGUUAGAUAGAUUAGGUGCUGUUAGGUGUGAUUUCAGAGCUUGUUUCUGUUUCUCAUCUAGGUUUUUAUUUUGCUGUCAAUUUAGAUUCUAUCUAUGUAAUUCGUGGUUUAGUGAAAUGAGCAAAUGAAAUGAUAAGUUGA